GCAGGGCAGAGUAGCGGAGUCCAGGCUUCCAGCCGCGCCGAGCUAAGCGAGGAGCAGCGCCAAAGCUGCGAUGCUGCGGUUGCGCCAUCUGUCAGGAGCCUGGGGGGCGGCGGCGGCGGCGGCGGCGGCGAUAGUGGAAGGAGGGGAGGAGACCGACUGAGGCGGCUUUUCCUUAAGACUUGCAUUUGGGGGAGAAAAUCAAAGGGAGGAAACGGGAGCCCGAACCCAUCUCCCCCGGACGAGCACCGCGAGGCUGCCCACGCGCCGAACAAAGCUGCGGCCGCCUUCUUCGUCUCGGCGUCCUUCACUGCUGAGGCAGGGACUUUUGACGCCCACCCGUUUCCUUCCCCCCACCCCCCCACCCCCUCCUCCGCCGUCUUUCGGUCCUCGCGUUCGUUAAGAGCGAGCUCCGGAGCUGGCGGGAAGUGAGCGAGCGAAGAGACCUGGAGAGCUUUUCAUGAGGGACUCCUCCUGCCUCCGCCCUUAGGAUCCUGCAGAGAGAAAGAGAGAGAGAGAGGAGGCAAACGGAGGGGAGGGGGCGUUGGUGAGAAAGGGGCUCUGCAGACCAAGUCCUGCUGCGUUUCAGACUCUGUCUUAAAGAAAGUACCGAAAAAAUGUGGUGAACAAAAGCUCGUUGCAUUUUCAGGGGGGAAACUUGUGACAGAAAGGGAACUGAAGGUGGUUGGAAGAGCAACAUAAAAGCAAAGGAGCAGUGGGUGGAAGCAAAACUCAUUCAAGGAUUUUAGAUAAUGGGCUGUGUGCAAUGUAAGGAUAAAGAAGCAACAAAACUGACCGAUGAGAGGGAUGGUAGUUUAAAUCAGAGUUCGGGUUAUCGCUAUGGAACAGAUCCUACCCCUCAGCAUUACCCAAGUUUUGGUGUGACUUCAAUUCCAAACUACAACAAUUUCCCCACAGCUGGAGGACAAGGAUUGACAGUCUUUGGUGGUGUCAAUUCUUCAUCACAUACUGGUACAUUGCGCACAAGAGGAGGAACAGGUGUAACUCUUUUUGUAGCUCUAUAUGAUUAUGAAGCAAGAACAGAAGAUGAUUUAAGUUUUCAUAAAGGAGAAAAAUUCCAGAUACUUAACAAUUCGGAAGGAGAUUGGUGGGAAGCCCGAUCCCUGACUACUGGAGAAACUGGUUAUAUUCCCAGUAAUUAUGUGGCUCCAGUUGACUCCAUCCAAGCAGAAGAAUGGUACUUUGGGAAACUUGGGCGAAAAGAUGCUGAGAGGCAGCUGUUGUCCUUUGGAAAUCCACGAGGAACCUUCUUGAUUCGUGAAAGUGAAACCACCAAAGGUGCCUAUUCAUUGUCCAUUCGUGAUUGGGAUGAUAUGAAAGGUGACCAUGUCAAACAUUAUAAAAUCCGUAAGCUUGACAGUGGAGGAUAUUACAUUACAACCAGGGCACAGUUUGAAACUCUUCAACAACUUGUUCAGCAUUAUUCAGAGAGAGCUGCGGGUCUUUGCUGCCGCUUAGUAGUCCCUUGUCAUAAAGGAAUGCCAAGGCUUACUGACCUGUCUGUCAAAACCAAAGAUGUCUGGGAAAUUCCACGAGAAUCACUACAGUUGAUCAAGAGACUGGGAAAUGGGCAGUUUGGGGAAGUAUGGAUGGGUACUUGGAAUGGGAAUACUAAAGUGGCAAUAAAGACAUUGAAGCCUGGCACUAUGUCCCCAGAAUCAUUCCUGGAAGAAGCCCAGAUCAUGAAAAAGCUAAAGCAUGACAAACUGGUCCAACUUUAUGCUGUGGUAUCAGAAGAACCCAUCUACAUUGUCACAGAAUAUAUGGGUAAAGGAAGCUUGCUAGAUUUCCUAAAAGAUGGCGAAGGAAGAGCUCUGAAAUUGCCAAAUCUGGUAGACAUGGCAGCACAGGUUGCUGCAGGUAUGGCUUAUAUAGAGCGAAUGAAUUACAUACACAGAGAUCUGCGUUCUGCAAACAUCCUGGUGGGGAAUGGUCUAAUAUGCAAAAUUGCUGAUUUUGGAUUAGCAAGAUUAAUUGAAGACAAUGAAUACACAGCCAGACAAGGUGCAAAAUUUCCUAUCAAGUGGACUGCUCCAGAAGCUGCAUUAUAUGGAAGAUUUACAAUAAAGUCUGAUGUUUGGUCCUUUGGGAUAUUACUUACAGAAUUAGUAACAAAAGGGAGAGUACCAUAUCCAGGUAUGAAUAAUCGUGAAGUCCUAGAACAGGUAGAAAGAGGAUACAGAAUGCCAUGUCCUCAAGAUUGCCCAAUAUCUCUACAUGAGCUCAUGAUCCAUUGCUGGAAAAAAGACCCAGAAGAGCGGCCAACUUUUGAGUACUUGCAGGGUUUCCUGGAAGACUACUUUACGGCAACUGAACCCCAAUACCAACCAGGUGAUAACCUGUAAUUUGCAGGGCUGCGCAAACCAGUUGCCAGGUGUUACAUUUGCAAUUGACAUAGGUUGAAUGGUUCAAGGCUGUAUCUUAGAGCACCAAAUAUACUGAAGCCAGAAGAUGAGAACUUCUAAAACUAUGUGUCCUAAAAAUCUGAAUUUCUCCGAACAGAAAGGUGAACACGUGGGGGUUUUUUUCUUAAUCAAAGACUUUGAAACUACAUUGUUUUAAUGUUAUGUAAACUGCAAAAUCUUUGUUCACUGUAAAUAAUAAUUCAGUGCCAAUAAUUUAUCCUAGUGCUUUCCUUUUUUAAAACAAAAUGCAGAAUUAUGUGAUUUUAACUAGUUUUCUCCUGAUUCAACGAAAGUAUUAUUUUCCAGAAGUGGCCUCUUUUUGUCUACAUUUUUUCAUAUUCUAACAAAAUAAAAUCAGGACCAGUGUUUGGAGGUUUGUUUUGUUUCUUUUAUAUAUAGAAAUAUGUAAAAUAUAUACAUACCUGUAUAUAUAGUCCACAGGUGCUAUAUAGCUAAAGGAAAUUCAUUUCAGAAACAGAUUCCAUAAUGCUAAA